AUGCUGUACGUGGACAGCGCUGGCGGCGGCCGCGGGCCGUCGUGCGGCCGCUACUGGCCGGCCGUGGCGCUCGUGCUGCUCUUGGCGGCUGCCGCCGGAGUCUGCGUGCCGGUGGCGCUCCGCGUCAGCGCCGACGCCGAGCCGGGGGCCGACGCCGACGCCGACGGCGACGCCGCGGCGGCCGCGCGCCAGCACAGGAUGGCGGAGGCGCGGCGCCUGCUGCGUGCCGUGCCGCUCAUCGACGGGCACAACGACCUGCCGUGGAACAUCCGCAAGUUCGCGCGCAACCGGCUGGCCAACCUGAGCUUCGGGCUGGACCUGCGCGCCGUGCGGCCGUGGGCGGCCAGCGCCUGGUCCCACACCGACCUGCCGCGCCUGCGCGCCGGGCAAGUCGCAGCGCAGUUCUGGGCGGCGUACGUGCCGUGCGAGUCGCAGUACCGGGACGCGGUGCAGCUGACACUGGAGCAGGUGGACGUGGUGCGCCGGCUGACGGCCCGCCACGCGCCGCCGCUCGCCUUCUGCACCUCCGCCGCAGACAUCGAAUCGACGCACCAGGCGGGCCGCAUCUGCAGCCUGGUGGGCGUGGAGGGGGGCCACUCGCUGGGUGGCAGCCUCUCUGUGCUGCGCACCCUGUACGCCGUGGGCGUGCGCUACCUCACACUCACCUCCACCUGCAACACGCCCUGGGCAGACUGCUCGCUGGUAGAUAACCCAGGACAGCGCUCAGAAAACAAGGGCCUCACUAAGUUCGGCAAGGUGGUGGUGCGCGAGAUGAACCGGCUGGGCAUGAUGGUGGACCUGUCGCACGUGUCGGUGCGCACCAUGGAGGACGCGCUGGCCGCCAGCCGCGCGCCAGUCAUCUUCUCGCACUCGUCGGCGCGCGCGCUCUGCAACAGCUCCCGCAACGUGCCCGACAGCGUCCUCAGGAAGGUCGCGCUGAACCGCGGGCUGGUGAUGGUCAACUUCUACUCGCAGUUCCUGACCUGCAGCCAGGACGCCACCGUGGCCGACGCGGCGGCCCACAUCGAGCACGUGAGGCGCGUGGCGGGCGUCGACAGCGUGGGCCUGGGCGCCGGCUACGACGGCAUCAACAGCACGCCGCGCGGCCUGGAGGACGCGUCUGCCUACCCGGCGCUGUUCGCACACCUGCUGGCCACCGGCCGCUGGUCCGAGGCCGACCUGCGCAAGCUGGCGGGGCUCAACAUGCUGCGCGUCAUGCGCGCCGCCGAGCAGUUGAUCACAAUUAACAAACGAUUCCAGCUGGCGUCUGGAAAUGCAGGUGGUGCUGGUGCCGGUCCGGGCGCUUGCGCCACUCCUCCGCUGCUCUCGCAGGUGUCUGUCUGCAGUCAGUGCUGA